AAACCGUCCAGCAUCAGCACACCGCCCCGUGACUGGCCACGUGUCGGCCGCAAAAAGUGAACCCAUGCAGUGAAGCCUUCAGACCUCAAGACGGUGGACGUUCUUCAGAGGAUUGAGGCAGAGAGAAAGGGCGGGGGAGGGACACUGGGAAUGACCGAUCACUGAACAUGCGGUUAUCGAGCUCGUGCUUCGUUCUCGGCAUGUCUGUUCCUCCGCCCACUGAUAACAGGCAUUGGGGUAGGUCGGAGCGGGAACUAUUAUACCUGCGCGGGGACAGGAGCGACCAGUGUACGCGGGACAGUGCCAUGGUCAUUUGGGCAUCACAGGAGCCUGGCGUCACACUGCGUAGCUUCGCGUCACAUAAACCAACCAUCGCGCAGACAGACUGACACCACGAAGACAGUCCGACUAACCUUCCCGUCACAGCAGCUUGGCGUGACACUAAUCCUCCGUCUUCGUGUAAACAAUGCCAUUACGAAGAUAAACCGAACUUGCACGGUGAGGGAGAGAACGAGUUAAGCUGCCAUCAAGACGCUUCGUGCCUUCCCUUCUGAACCUGUGUGUGUAUGUGUGUUUGUGUGUGUCAUAUACAUCAGUAAGGAAGUGAUUAAGGAUAGAUUUGGGGGUGAAUCUUGUGAUCACCACCAUUACCUUCUAACUGCUAUCAAAUCACCACCAUAACCACCACAACCACUACCACCGCGAUGGAUUCAACACCGCCUGUCACGCUUGAGGUGCCGCACGUCCACGGAACGCAAAGUCGAGAUCUGCCUGGCCUCUACAACACCUCCUGCAGCCCCUUUGCCUCCAGCCCCUGCAUCAGUCAGCUCAACCUGGUGUGUGUUAACGACCUAUGCGUCUGUAUCAGCAACUACGUCCCCGACGGCUCAGGGGGUUGUGAGCCUGACAUGGUAACACUGCUGGUGACUUGGAUGAUCCGCGUCUUCGUCUGCACCGCCAUCUUCAUCAUCUGCCUCUCCAUCUUCCAUAUGAUUGUGACCAGAAGGUGUUGCAGAAGGAGCAUCGACGGGGGGCAGGGGGGCGAGGGGGAGGCAGAGGAGGGGCGGAGGGGCAGCACGAGCACCUGUUGGUAUGACGAGCCCCCUUCUUACCUGGACGUGGCUGACGAGGCGCCGCCACCCACCUACCUGGAGGCCGUGGCAAAGGAGUGUAUGAGCAGCGGGGGACCGACCAGGGGGGCCACGGAGAGAGCGGCGCCCCCCCAGCCCCCAGCCCCGCCGCUAAGAGAAGAGGAGAGGGGAGUGGAGGCCCUUACCUUCACCCCGCCCCUCGCCCCCCCGGACACAGCACCCCCCCAGACGUUACAUAUGUAGUCUGGUGUAUAUGUCUACUUGAGAUUCUCUAACACCUGUAUUUACCUGUCCUUUCCUUUUUCCCUUUUUUAUUAUUUUUUUUUCUGUCUCUUCUUCCCCCGCGAUUCUCUCUCUCUCUCUCUCUCUCUCUCUCUCUCUCUCUCUCUCUCUCUCUCUCUCUCUCUCUCUCUCUCUCUCUCUCUCUCUCUCUCUCUCUCUCUCUCUCUAUCUAUCUUUGUUUGCUCUUCUACCGUCACUGUCUUUGUUCUCUUAUAUCUAUUUUCUCUCUCUCUCUCCUUUCGCUACCUUCCUAUCUGUCUCUCCUCUUCUCCCUUUCCUCAUUCUUCCUUCCACUACUUACCCUUUCUUCCUCCUACAUUUUCUCCUUCUUUCCCCUUCUCCUAUUCUCCUUAACCUGGAUCCACUAUCAUAUCCUCCUCCUCCUCACCGGUAGCACUCUCUCCACACUUGCACCCUCCUUGCUCUCCUUUUAUCUCUCCUCUUUCUUUUCCUCUUCUGUCUCUUCCCUUAUCAUUUAGUCUUUCUCGGUCUCAAAAAGCGCAAUUCAGCGGAUCAUCCCCAUGCAUAAAGUCCCUAUAUUUAUAAUCCUCAUGUCUAUAGUGUUAAUAUUUUGUGAUCACGAGUAAAUAAAUCUAUAGUUUCUACAA